AUUCGGUCUGGAAAGACACUCGAGGCUGCGAAGCGCGAGUACAACUUUUCCCAGGAUCAACCAUGGGUCAAGACGAAUCGGGCUCUGAGCUUUGUCGAUGAGACUCCAGACAUCAUCAACAUCCACGACUCGAGCUCUGGGAACUUUGAUACUCUGGAAAACUUCAAUAUCGGGCCCGACGUCGAAACCAUCAGCCAUCACUCUUCACCGCCUGCUGCUCCUCUACAACGUCUCCUAUCCAGAGAGUCCAGACAGUCAUCCGAGCCGGAGAGGCCGAACUCAAGGCCAACCUUUGAGGCAUCGCCUCAUACCAGAGACAACGAACGCCCCUCAAAGAAGCGAGCCUUGAGUUCUUCAUCAGCUGGUCCAUGGAGGAAUCCUCCUCGCUCUGAUCCUAGUGAUGCCCAGUCACCUAGCCAGAGUUCUCAGUGCGCCGCCGACGCAGGCCCUUUUACGAGGUACUCGGGAUCCCCUAUUAUCGAGUCUCCCGUCAUCAACGACAUUGCUCUCAGUGUUGGGAGCCCCCAUGUUGGCACAGGGCUGGACAACUCCGGCCAGGACCUCUCGGCCCUUGAAGAUCAUGUCACUGAGGCCAUCUCUGGCAUUUACCUCAACAGCCCAAGAUGGCCUCUGGAAGAUCCGCAAGAGGCAAUGCUAUUCCAAAACUUUAUCCACGUUCUGGCACCUCUCUUCGACCUUUGCGAUAACGAACGGCAUUUUGCCACCAUUGUUCCUCGUCGAGCCGUCACAUGCCCACCCCUGAUGAACGCAGUCCUGGCUGCUUCGGCCAAGCGAUUAUCCAGAAUCGCCGGUUUCGACGGGCUGGUUGGUGAUCGGUAUCAUCAGAACUGCCUUGACGCCCUGAUCCCCGCCUUGUCUAGCUCGGCUGCGGUCAUGGACGAAAACCUCCUGACUGCCAUUGUCAUUCUCCGUUAUAUGGAAGAGAUGGACGUUCCCCUUACAUCUGCAGACAUGGCAGGUGAGUCACAUCUCGUGGGUACUCGAGUCUUUGUCGCAGCUCAGGAAAAGGUGCUUGAUUUCACUGGCCUCCGUCGCGCAGCUUUCUGGGUGGCCCUUCGACAAGAAAUUCACAUGGCCUUUAUGCAGGCUCGUCCGGUGCAUCCAAACUUUGCUCUGCAGGACAUCACGCGCCUUGUGCAAAACGACGACUCUUGCUGCGCCUUUGCAAACCUUACCAUUCUCCAGUGCGCCGCCUGCCUCCGCUACUGCUAUGGUUCCGAGGAGCAGAGCGUGUCUGCGUGGGAGAGACUUCAGGAAGGCCAAGAGCGAUGGUGGGCAGAGAGGCCAUGGUUCUUCCACCCCAUGUACGUCAACGAGGAUGGAAAUGGCAUGUUUCCUCAGGCCGUCUAUUUCAAUGAUGCUGUAAUUACUGGAGUGUUUCACUUCCUCUUGAUGCAGAUUCUACUCGCAGCCCAUAACCCGAAAAUCCCCAAGCUCGGACCUGGACAGGCCAAGGCGGUCAAAAAGAUUAACGAAGACAUUAAGAAGACGGUCAAGAUGGUCUGUGGAAUUGCCGAGUCAAAUCAGCGAAACGCUACCGUAUAUGCAUAUGUGAGCCUGGCUAUUACUAUGGCUGGUGACCGGUUCACAGACCCGCAAGAGCAAGAAGCUCUCUAUCGAGUUUUACAGAAGAUGGAUGUGCAGACUGGCUGGCCGACUGGAUCUGCGCAACAGUAUUUGAAGGAAGCCUGGGGCUGGACGGAAUCACCAGCAAUCAUAAACACCGAGAUGCCUAUCGCUGGGAUGCCGAUUGCGGGGAUGCUGAAUAGCAACAGCAUGCAGCUGGUUUAA